UUGUCGUCGCCCGUAAUACAACAGCAACUGGACAUACGACAUGGCUCAACAAGGAUACGCAGUAGUCGAUGUGGACGAAGAGCCCUCUGGGUCUCGAGGGCGCGGGCUAGAGUUUCAAUCCUUCCUAGACUCUGAUAGCAGUCGAGCAAAUCAAUCCUCGUCGACGCCUCGGGAGGCCCCUUUCAGUCUCUUCAAUUUGGCCUAUUAUCAGACAUACUUUGAUGUAGAUACCAACACGGUUCUCAAGCGCGUUGGGAUGGCCAUGAUACCGCGUCCGGACUUUAUAGCUGAGAUCUGCGACGGUCAAAUUGACAUAUAUGGUCCGUUCUGGACCCUCACUACCCUCAUCCUCAUUCUCUACACCACGUCGACUUUGACCAUAUCAAUUGCGCAAUAUCUCAACUCUGAUCCUGUCAGCUCCAGUCUCCCUUUGCUUUCCACUGCUACAUCAACUGUGUACCUAUAUGGCCUGCUUGUACCGUCUCUUCUAUGGGGAGCUACAAAAUGGCUUGGGAUAGGCGAAUGGGGGAUUGCCGAGGUCCUGGGGGUCUAUGGCUAUUCCAUGGGAGUGUUCAUCCCCAUCAGUCUACUCUGUCUGAUCCCGGUUGGUAUUGUAAGAUGGGUUUUAAUCAUCCUGGGAGGCAUAAGCUCAGGCUACUUUCUUGUGCGCAACAUAUAUCCAGUCCUUGCAUCAGCAGAAAACAAGUUUGCACAGCUUCUCAUUGGUGCUGUAGUGGCACUUCAUGGAAUCAUGAUCAUUGCCAUGAAAGUCAUAUUUUUCUCCAAUUCUGUUGUUGGUCCUGAUCCCAUCAAUGAUCAACUACCUUGAGUAUCUGAAAUGUUAUCAUCCAUGCAUAACAAUUCUCAAAGAGAACAAAUGAGGAUGUGGGAUGAGCAAGGUCUUAUGGAGGAAACAGGGUGGUUGAGUGUUGAUGAAGUGACCUAUGUGAUAUUUAUUGAUCUGCAAGGAGAAGAUAGAAGGGGAAGGUAACAAUCACAGCCCAUGUCUUCUAAUGGACUAGCACACAAGAGAGCAGCGGCCCAUGGCUGUAGGCUUAACAAAGCCCCACAACCACUAGAGCGGAGCUUGCAAUACCAACAGAAAGAGAAAAAACAACAACAAGUAUGGGAUCUGUGACUCUGC